AUGUAUAGACAAAUACCUUUAUCUGUUGCGUUCAGUAGUGAAAACCCUGACGUCAAAAUAAAGGGGAACAGAGUAACGUUUAAGUUUCCAACAGACUGGAUUGUGAACAUAAAUGAAGAGAAGUACAUUGGCAUAACAUCUAUGUAUAUAACACGUGCUUUCAGAAAGGUUGACUUUAUACUUCAAGUCGAGAUAGAAAAUGACGAACAGUCUUUAAGCGCCCAAAACAUUCACAUAUACAAAUACUUUAAAGACGAUACUCUUAUAUACGAAAAAAAGAGAUCUGACAUUGUGUCAGAUCUCAGUAAAAGUGACAUUUACAUGUCAAAAAAAUAG